AUGCAAAGUGGCAGAGAUGUACCAACGGGCGAUCCAUUGAUCGAAGAGGCCCAGGAGGCUCCCGGUGCACGGCCCCCUUUCUACCAGACCACUCGAGGCAACAUCAGCGAUGACAGUCUCGACAGUGAAGCGCUUCUAGACCACCGAGAUCAGCCCACGUUACGUCCUCGGCGAGACAGCCGUUUGGCUCCCUUCUUUGCUGCAUCAUAUCGGAGUGCCGCUUUUCCCAAAUUUGACCCCGGCACGCAAAAGAGACAGCGGACUCAGCCUGAUGCUUCGAGUUCCAAUGCAUCGGACAAUGAGGAUGUUAACGACCGCACACCCUUAGUUGGUGGUGGAGCAAAACCCAAGACUCCCGCCGAGGCUGGCUAUGGGCUUUUUAGGGUCAAGUCGCAUACCUCUACGCUGUCGUCGGCUUCAAGACAACCCCAAAGAAAGAGGACACUCGGCACUCCUGGACAUUCGUUUCCUAAAUCUGACCAAAGUUACGACGUUAACAAUCCGCCGUCCAUUCCCCCGAGCCCUAACCUUCAACCUCACUAUGGCGAUGUUAUGGUCGACGACGGCAAUUUUCUCACACGUUCUCCCGACAGUCGAAGGAAUCUCAAUGCCGCCAACAAAGAUGCGUUGAUCAUGAUCGAUCCUGGUGGAAACAACGAACCCAACUCUGCACCACCGAGUCCAAGACUUCGACCAGGUGGAGUUCAACGGCAUCGUUCAAUGACUAUGCCAGCUGAGGUAGACGUGUGCUUCCCUGCAGAUGAAGUAUCAGAGGCUGGUGACGAGUACUACCACAGAACGCAGCCACAGGAACACCAUAGCAGUGGCCAGCGACGGAAACGCCGAGAACGAGAGUGGCCAAAUCUGUGGGUUCUGGACGAGUGGAGUCGAGAAGAGAAAGAGGCCAGGGAGGCGGGGGAACGACGGGCAAAACGAGUCAAUGAGCCUGUUUUCGUCGAGGGAAGGCUCCGGCCUCAGAAGAACGUCUGGCACCACGUCGAGGAAGACAAGCAAUACAGAUACACUUAUUUCAACGAAGAAUUCGAGAGUACAAUUCACGCUGAGACGAUAUCGGAAUUGGUGCAGCCAGGAGGGACUUUCCGCGAGCUCUUCAUCCCAGAUCCACCCGAAUUGAUCGAUUCAAGUUCCGAGGAGGAAGAGGAUCUGUUGGAGAUCAGUCACGCCCCGGAAAUUCCUAGUGCAUUGCAAAGCCCUAAAAGCGCAACGGACGUUGAGAUACAUUCUGGAAUGCCUAGCCUUGUCGAGACAAACCAGUUGAAGCCUGUGGCCAGUGGAAAAAGUUCCGAUAAGAGCAAGAACUCGGGUGCAGCGACACCACAGAAGAAACCUGCUUCCACUCGCCCUUCGAAGCCGAAGAAAUUUGGUCCACGGCCGACUUUCUGGCUCGAUGUCUUGUGUCCAACGGAUCAGGAAAUGCGUGUUCUCUCGAAAACAUUCGGAAUCCAUGCUCUCACAUCAGAAGAUAUCAUGAUGCAAGAGGCUCGUGAGAAGGUGGAGCUGUUUCGCAAUUACUAUUUUAUCAAUUAUCGGACGUUUGAGCAGGACACCAAUAGUGAGGACUACAUGGAACCUAUCAAUAUGUUUGUCUGCGUGUUUCGAUAUGGUAUCGUCACUUUCCACUUCUCCCAGAUACCUCACCCGGCAAACGUUCGAAGACGUAUUCGCCAACUUUCGGACUAUCUCAUUCUCAGUGCGGAUUGGAUCUCUUAUGCCAUCAUCGACGACAUCACCGACGUCUACGGACCGCUGAUUACUCACAUUGAAGAAGAAGUCGACACGAUUGACGAAUUAAUCCUGCGAGCGUUCCAGCACACAGAUGUCCUCGCGCGGGAGCACAGCGAGAAGAAAAUUGACGAAAAGAGAUCAGACGCCGGUGAGGCGGGAAUCAGUGGCAUCGACAUGCUCAUCCGCAUAGGCGAGUGUCGCAAAAAGGUCAUGUCACUGUACCGACUGCUGGGCAACAAGGCCGAUGUUAUCAAAGGUUUCGCAAAACGAUGCAACGAGCAGUGGGAAGUAGCUCCCAAAUCGGAAAUUGGUUUGUACCUGGGCGAUAUUCAGGACCACAUCCUGACUAUGACUGGAAACUUGUCGCAUUACGAGAUGGUGCUAUCCAGGGCGCAUGGGAAUUACCUGGCCCAGGUCAGCAUCCAUAUGAAUGAGAGGCAGGAGAAGACUGCCGAUGUAUUGGGCAAGUUGACCGUGCUCGGAACCAUUGUCCUCCCUAUGAACAUUGUGACCGGUAUGUUUGGCGGCAAUUUCAAAGUCCCUGGUCAAGAUGUGGAUAAUCUGAAUUGGUUCUGGGGGACCACAGCCGGCCUGCUCAUAUUUGGGGUCAUAUGCUUUUGGUGGUGCAAGAAGGUGUAUAAGAUUGUGUGA